GUUCGUCUCUCCAAGAACUCCAUUGGGCGAUCAGCUUUCGUCCUUAUUUCAAAGGACCCUUCUUUCUAUUUCCUGUGCUUGUUCACGGCCCAUAUAUACUCCUCUCAUUCCCGACAAGAUCGCCCAGCAGCUUCUUCUCUUUCUCUCAUUCUUGUUUGCUCUCAUUCUCUGCCCUUACGCCAUAACCUAAUGCCACCCAAAACCACGCCUCGCGUCAAGGGAAACGUGAAGGCCGCCAGCAGCAGUCGCGCUGCAGAGUUGGCAAGCGCCAGCACGACGGGUUCAACGCUUCCGAUGUCGUCGCUCGGAGGAUUUGCUCAAUUCGCCACCCCAGCCUUUUCGGCCUCCUCAACCUAUGUCGCCUCAACGGCUCCCCGGAGCACGACCCCAAUCAGAUCUGGGUCUCCUAGCCCUGCAUUUCCCUCUUCUCCAGCCUUUGGUGGACUCGACUCCGAGGUCGUCAGUGUGAUAAGGAAUGGAGAGCUCUCAAUGAUCAUUAAGCGCCUCAUGUCCAAGCGCGAUACGACUACCAAAGUCAAGGCGCUUGAAGAUCUGGAAAAGUGGGCUAAGUCUCAGCCAGAGGAUGGCGAGUCAGGAUCAGAAUCCUGUCAGGAGGCCAUCGGACCCUGGAUCAAGGUGUAUAUCAAACUCACAACUGAUGUGGAUCGACGAGUGCGACUUUUGACCAACAAUGUCCAUUCACUACUCGUUAAGCGUGUCAAGAAGAAAUUGGCACCAUAUUUAAAGGAUGUAGUUGGAGCAUGGAUUGGCACAUUUUUUGAUCCCACGCGAGAUGUUGCUCGUGUAGCGAACGAGGCGUUCAAGAGUGCAUUCCCGGACAACAAACGCGAGCAGGUUGUCUCGUUUUGUCUUCAGGAUAUGAUAUAUUACAUCUCAGAGAUCCUUCUCAACAAAACACCGGAAACCCUCAGUGAUCCACGGUUCAACACUAAAGAGGAAAUGGACACGCGCUAUGCCAGAGUGGCCUCCAGCUCCAUCUAUACCAUCGGAUAUAUUAUUGAAACACUGUCAUCCGAGUCCUUAGAAAAGGGUGCCGGUGAUAUUGGACAAUUGUUGGACGAGCCCAAGUUGUGGCAAUUCUUUGGACAUUCCAAUGCAUUGGUCAGGAGAGCGAGCUACAGCAUGUUGAGAACCAUCACAUCCAAAGCACCUGGAUUGAUCAAAGAGAGGCUGAGUACCGUCAGCAAUCAUUUCUUUCCUUCAGCCUUCUCUGACAAGGACUCGACUACUCAUGGAGACCUCUGGGACGCUCUUCUUGUUUUUACAAAAGCGUUUCCUGAAUCGUGGACAAUUACUGUGCACAAGAAGCCGACCAUGUCGCUCUUUUCCGGAUUCUUGCGGGCAGCUGGUUAUGGAUCUGCGACAGUCACAUACCGCAGCGUACUUCCUCUCGUCGCAAGCUGGGGCGAUGACUCUGUCUUGGGAAAGAACGGCUCUGGUUUCCCAUUCGUUAGGGACUUCUUCGAAAACUUCUGGAAGGGGCUCGAAAGCCCCAACAUUGACAAGGAGCCCUCAUCGACAGCGGUAUUCCUGGAGGCUUAUAUCGAGUGCAUGGUCUACUUUGCCGUGCGAUUUGGGAAGUUGGAGUCAACAAAGCCAGGACAGGAUGCCGUUUUCACAGCAUUCGUAAACCUAGUGAAGACAUACUUGACAUUGAUCGACGACAGUAAAACGGCGGCCAAGCUGGCUCAGGACGAGCAAGGCAUUGCCAAAAAGAUAGGCGUACAUUUGGUUCGCCUGCUCAACAUUCCUUCUGUCCGCGAGCGUGCCGUUUCCUAUCUGUGGCAGCCAAUUACGGAGGCCAUGGGCGAGGUCGUCUCGGUGGGACCUUCGGAUGGCUACGUGAAGUGCGGCAGACGGGCUAUCAUGCUGUUGGGUGAAAUUUCGGCCCUCGCCCGUGAAAGAGUUGACGAAUCGACCAGCGAACUUGUCGAAAAGGCUGUCGAGCAACUCGUUCAGAUCGUCGCCAAACAGUGCUCAGAAACUCAAGCGUUCGGCCCAUCACAACUUCUUUCCUCUUUGGCGAUUCAGUUUGAGGUGACUGUCUUCACCAAUUCUACCAGUCAAAAGGCCAUGCAUGACUUUUUCAACGUCCAGUUCGCCGAUAUGCUGCUGACCUCCGAGGACAAAUCAUCAUCCAACGACGUGGUCGCUGAAAGUGGCGAGUCCUUGCCACACCUCUUGGACCUCUUUGCAGGAUAUCUAGGCAAUGUAAAGGAGCAGGAAAUUGCAAUUGAAGUCUGGAAGCGUGUUAUGGACAAGGUUCUUAAAGAAACAGAGGGGGAGUGCGGUCAGGAACGACAGAGGAUCAUUUUACAAGGCAUGAUUCAUCGCACUAUGGCUACCCCUCCUUCAUUUGACAUGAUGCUCGAGAGAAUCAAUAGCUUUGUGACGAAUGUCGUGACUGACCAACAAUACAAGGGAUCUGUAUCCGGAGAGAAGCUGACUGCGAGCGUGCUGUGCUCAAAGUCAGCGGUUUCUGAGCGACUGAGACUUGACAUCAUUGAUACACUCUCGCAGCGGUUGGACUUGUUUCUCCCAGAUGCUAGAGCUGGUCGCGACACUGAGAGAAAUGUGGAGGUAGCUUCGAUUUUUGCGAUCACCCUUGAGUCGUUGAGGGAUAUCACCAUGCUUUCGAUCCAGAACGGCGAAGAGGGACCUUUGAAGCAAAUUAUCAUCGCAAUGUUCGACCUCAGUUUGCUAUCGGAGGAAUACUUGAGCGAAGAGGCCCAGAGGAACUUGAGUGAGCUACAGAGAUUGUCUGAGGAAUACGAGGAUGUUCGCUUCCUACUACGUGAGUGCCUGACAGAGCAUAUCCAGGAAAACAUUCAAGAUUUGUACCGCUUCACAAGUCCUGAAGACCUUGCCAACGAAGCAUUGAAGCUGGCCGAUCUGCUCAAUUUGACUGACUUGUCGGACAGAUUUAAGCUGCUCAGUGCCUUUUUCUUUGACAGGGACCAUUGGGACUCACUCUAUAAGAUGCUGUCAAGCAGCGGACCCCAUCCAUCAUUGGCUAUCGUGGAUCCUGUUGUCGAGGCGUUUUAUGCAGAGAAGCCCUCGAGGGCCAUGAAUGUGAAGGAAUCUUCUUCUACCGCGCGGUAUGAUAGCUUUGGGCUUUCGGCUUACGGUCGACUAGCGCUAUUCACAUUGGAGAUUUUGAAGAAGGAGGAUGUCAAUGUUUCUCUCUUUUUGUCCUAUCCUGAAAAGAUGACCUGGAUUUUAUCCGAGUUGUUGAAGGUCAGGCAAGGAUGUCUUGAUGCAUUCCAGAGACCAUCCUCAGAUGCCGGUAUCUUUUACUCGCCCAAUCUUCACGCGGACGCGAAUGCUGUUGUUUUCAGGACGCUGCUGCGCGAGCUAGGGGCGAUGGUUACAAGCUGGAUUACACUGGCAUUGGAGGAAAGUUGGGAGGCACAGAUUGUUGAGGCUUUGACCAAUAACGCCCGAAGCGCCUCCAAGCCUGACGAUGAUGACGAUGACGAGGGGGAUUCUGGAUGCAGUGCCGUAUGUUUUGCGCUGGAGGCCAUUAACGAACAAGAUGGAUACCACGAGCGUAUCCUGGCAGACGUUGUACAGGCACUGGCGCAGUCUGAUUCAACAGAUAUUUCUCCUACUAAUGCCAGGGGAUGGUGCCAGAUACUGAAGAGCGAAAGUAUUCCGUUGUCCGUUUGCACUGGCCUAGUGAGAGCGCUGCGAAAAAGGCUUGAGAAUACCAGCGAAUUUACGAAUCUGCUCAACCAUUGGGUCACCGCACCCACAAAGCCGAGCGAAGUGUCAAUUCAGCAUGCGGAGACAGCACGCCGUUUAACACUUCUGGCCGCUGCAUUGGGAUCUUCAAACGAGGGCGAAUCGGAUAUUAACCUGCCUCAGCUUCGAGCUAUGAACCUGCUUCAGUCAAUUCGCAAGUGGAUUUCGGAUGCAGAUGCCUUGCGGAGUUUCGACAACCAGGACGAACUUCUCAUACAUUCGCUGAUUUUCAAGCUGAUGGGUUCCCUCGCCUAUCAAGUGCAGGAGCUUCCAGGAGCUCAUUGGGAAAUGAUGUUCGGAUACAUUUAUUCGGCAUAUACUGGACUUGGAGAAGCGGAAUCGAGCCCGUUCAUUACACUUGUGCUAGAGAGGACUAGUCGCUUGGCAGCGAGCCUCAUUGAGCUCGCACAGGAGGAAGACGAUAUCCUGAAUGCAUGGGAGGAGCACAGCGAAGGGAUCUUGGUUUCGACUAUGCGUCUCAUCGGGCGUGAGGAGUCAAAGCCUGAGGCGGUCUCGCUGAGAAUGGACCGCCCUAUUCGCCGGUACUUGGAAGCUCUGUCGCGAGUAUGUGAACACGCUCCGGACACUCUUGUUCUGUCUCACGGAUCUGUUACGGAACAAUGUCGCUUGUUGAUAGAGCCCUUGACAGCUCUGCAGAUGCUAGCCUACAAGCAGUUGCAGACCAUGCUGAUCGAACAAGUCCAGGCGCUGUCUAUUCAAAUGGAGAUUAAAGCCCCAACUAACCUGACCAUGGAUCUGACAGAAGGAGAGGGAUCCAGCGACUACCAGAGCUCUGGCUCAGAGGACAAGAUGACAGAACCCAAGUUCCCAGCUUCACUCUGGAACAUCAUCUCUAACCCUCCGAAGGGAUUCCCGGCCAUGGAUGUCAAUGUGGAUGCGGACGAUGAUACGGAUUUGAAGAAGGAGUUCUCGCUUCUCUUCACUGGCCAGAAUCAUGACGAGGAGGAUGAGGAGUAUGGUGUCGGCGCAGGAGUUGCGGCCAAGUCUGAAAAGAUGAUCUCGCACACUGUGCUUGGAUAUCUCUUGGCAUGGAAGCUUGCCUUUAUCAUCUUUGAGAACACUACAUAUACGGUCAAGUCGCUCCUGGUUGAGCAGCUAAGGACAUCUUCAACCAUGAAUGAGCUCCUGCCCUAUCUGUUCCACCUUCUUGGCAUUCAUUCUGCUUCGUCAUUAGUGGGUGAUUCAAGUUCCUCCAGUAACCAGAACGUCUCUUUGUCUUCGAAUGAGGCCAAGUCUGCCGAGCCAUUUGAUAUAAGUCGCUGGGAUAUUACGGAGUACCAGGUUGCCGGCUUUGAUCUAUCCUCCCCCGAGAUUGGUUUCCCUCUGCUGGCAGGACAUCUCUAUUACACCUGCUUGGCAAACGCGCCUAGUUUGGUCCGCAUUUGGUGGACCGAGUGCAAGCUUCGACAAUUGAGCAUCGCAGUCGAGUCGUUGACCGAAAAGUACUUUUCACCAUUAUUGAUCACUCGGGAACUGAACUCGCUCGUCAAGGCUCAGCAGGCAUCAAAGCAGGGAGGCCAAGCAGCAGCAGCGGCAGCGUUAUCAGGCGUGUCGGACGAUUUGAACGAGCUCCAGAUCAAGACCUCAAAGGCUACGUCCGAGGUGACGGCAUCGUUCCAGAUUGACGAGGCGACGAUGGAGAUUGUGAUUCGACUACCGGCUAAUUUUCCCCUGCGCCAGGUCGAAGUCGAGGGUUUACAACGUGUGGGCGUGAAGGAGGCGCGAUGGAGGGCGUGGUUGUUGGCAGUGGCAGGCGUUAUUGCUGCACAGAACGGCUCGUUGAUCGAUGCCUUGUCAUUGUUCAGAAGGAACGUUGGAUUGCACUUUGAGGGCGUGGAGGACUGCACGAUCUGUUACUCAAUUGUGUCGCUGCAGGAUCGGUCGCUGCCCAACAAGACGUGCAAGACGUGCAAGCACCGAUUCCAUGCAUCAUGUCUGUACAAGUGGUUUAGGACAUCAAACUCUUCGAGUUGUCCGCUGUGCAGAACAUUGUGGUGACCGAUCUGCUGCCAUAUUACACAUCCAAUAAAGAUAGAGGAUACAAGC